GCGGAUGUCUAGGGGCGGCGCUUGACCCCCAUCCCUGGCGCGCCCGGCGCCGUUCCAAGAAGUCUGCGCUGAGCUCCGAGAGCUGCUGCUCAUGCAGCUUUUUCUUCUUCUGCAGAAGCCCACCUCCGAGAGGCCUUCGACCUGUACAUGGGUGCUGCCGCGGUCCCCGCCCUCGAUGGCGUGCACCGCGGCCACUCGCCCGCGUACUGGGCCAUGCGGCGGGCUGCGGGAGACCGCGGCAUGACCUGCGUGGCGCGGAGGGUGGCGGCGGCAUGGCCGCGACAAGCCUUCCAAUACGUCUGGGAGAGCAGGUUCCCUGGCGAGGACACCUCCGGCUUCGGCCCCGGCUUCGCGCACGAGGCCGACCAGCGCUUCCUCUUCCAGGCGGGGGUGCCGGCGGCCUGGUUGCCGGCGGCCCGGGCGCUGCGGCAGAAGGUCGGGGCCUUUCUGCACGGGAGCUACGGUGAGUUGGCCUCGUGGCCAGUGGGCGAAGGCCAGGGGCUGAUCUUCCAGGACCACGGGCCCGUAGCGUCCAGCAUCCGGUCGGAGCAGUGCGACUUCUGGGAUGGCCUCGGCGGCCCCUGAUUAGGGGUGCCUCCCGCCGGCGCAGUGGUGGCUGGAGGCGUCGGAGUGCCGAUGGGCCGGCUCCUCGGGCUGUCGUGCCGUGCCGUGCGACGGGUGGGCAGGUCGAACGCGCACUUCAAGGGGGGGGGGCUACCUCCCAGCCCGUGGGACCCCUCGGCCGCACGUGUUAGGUUUUUUUUCUUCUUGCGAUUUUGGUGAGGCCCGCCUCGGGGCGCGAGGCGCGCAGCUCUGUGGAGCACGGCUGCGCAGAUGCCGACGCCCGUUCAUUGCGGGUGCUGCUCGGAUUCAGACGCCCUGGCCGCCUCCCAGGUGCUGUGGUCUGUUCUCUUCGAGCAGGUUGCGUUUUUUCGCAGCGUUCGCGGCGUCGUCGGCAGACGUGUCGCCGCUGUCAGCACAUUGUGGCAGUUUCGGAUGAUGAUGAGAAGGAGGCCCGCCCGCCAGGGAUCCGCCCCGCUGUGAGUUUUCUUCUCCCGCUUGACCCGCGCCAGCUCGGAGCUUGACCGCCGUGGCCCCCGUCGAUCCAACGCGAGUUCUCGACGCGCGCGGGCACCAUGAAACGGACAUGCCGUCUGUCAUUUUCACAAGCGCGUCUUUUUUUUCGUGCCGUUUGCCUAGCGGCAGUUUGGGUGGCGGGCUUUCCAUGCGCUGCAGUGACGUCCGCUGCGCUGCCACGCCACACGACAGCGUCUUGGCCUGGUGUCUCGAGCAAAAAAAAAUCCAGCGCCCCCG